AGACUUUGUGGAAGAAUUGAUGAGAAUAUCUUAUGUCUAUUUGGAGUGAUGGGGUUCAGGCAAGUGUCUGCAGUGUCUGCAGCGCUGCUGUUGAUCGUGGCGUUUGGCUGUGUUAGUGAUGCUUGGAUCUCCAGAUGGUUUUAUCCGAGAUUGGGGUUUCUGCAUGACGGUGGAGUUUCAGCCCAGUUUGACACUCAGAAACCAGUGCAAGAAGACCCUGCGGGAGAGGACCCUGUGGGACAAGAACCUAGUGAGCCCAUUGUUGAGCCUGUGGUGCAGGAGCCCGUGGGACAGGAAACUAGCCAGGCUGAAGACCCUGAGAGCUUCCAGUCCAAGCAGACAUUUGAGAACCCUCUGACUUGGCUCUAUCCUUCGAUUGAGAAGCAUGAGUGCAAUUCUACAGUGUUUGAGCGGCUAAAGCAGGUGGCAGCCAACAGUGUGGUGGCUUGGUGUGGGCAAAGUGUGGUCCGUGUGGAGGUGAAACAGGAACUUCUGGGGAUUGGCUGGCUCAUCCAGCCAGAGCGUAUCACUCUAAGAUGCUGUGCUGCCAUUGAGGAGGACGCUGAAGCUCUUGUGCUCACAUUUGAAUCAGAGCUGCAUGGCUGUGGCAGUGAGCUGACGAUGACUGAGGAUGUGCUGAUCUACACCUUCACUCUUGUAUAUGAGCCAAAACCUCUUGCUAACAUUUCUAUAUUGAACACCAGUAAAGCUAUGGUUGAUAUUGAGUGCCACUACUUGAGGAAUCAUGAAGUGCGCAGCAAUUCCCUGAAGUAUGCUGUUGAACCUAGCAAGCCUGUGGGCCAAGAACCUAGCCAGCUUGUUAUAAAGCCUGUAGAGGUAGAGCCUGUGGGCCGGGAACCUAGCGUAGAGCCUGUGGGCCGGGAACCUAGCGUAGAGCCUGUGGGCCGGGAACCUAGCGUAGAGCCUGUGGGCCGGGAACCUAGCGUAGAGCCUGUGGGCCGGGAACCUAGCGUAGAGCCUGUGGGCCGGGAACCUAGCGUAGAGCCUGUGGGCCGGGAACCUAGCGUAGAGCCUGUGGGCCGGGAACCUAGUGAGCGUGUUGGAGAGCAGCCUGUAGGCCAGGAACCUGUUGGAGAGCAGCCUGUGGUCCAAGAGUCUGUGGGCCAUGAACCUGGAGAGCAACCUAUGGGCCAUGAGCCUGUGGGUCAAGAACCUAGUGAGCCUUUGGGACAGCAACCUGUUGGAGAGCAGCCUGUGGGCCAGGAACUUAGCCAGCAGCCUGUUGGCGAGCCUUUGGUCCAGGAAUCUAGUGAGCAUGUUGGCGAGCAGCCUGUGGGCCAGGAACCUGUUGGAGAGCAGCUUGUGGGCCAGGAACCUAGCCAUCAGUCUGUUGGAGAGCCUUUGGGUCAAGAACCUAGUGAGCAUGUUGGAGAGCCUGUUGACCAUGACCCUGUGGGCCGGGAACCUAGCGAGCCUGUGGGCCGGGAACCUAGCGAGCCUGUGGGCCGGGAACCUAGCGAGCCUGUGGGCCGGGAACCUAGCGAGCCUGUGGGCCGGGAACCUAGCGAGCCUGUGGGCCGGGAACCUAGCGAGCCUGUGGGCCGGGAACCUAGCGAGCCUGUGGGCCGGGAACCUAGCGAGCCUGUGGGCCGGGAACCUAGCGAGCCUGUGGGCCGGGAACCUAGCGAGCCUGUGGGCCGGGAACCUAGCGAGCCUGUGGGCCGGGAACCUAGCGAGCGUGUUGGAGAGCAGCCUGUCGGCCAGGAACCAAAUGAGAUUUUGGGUAAUGAACUUAGCGAGCCUGUGGGUGAGCCUGUGGGCCAGGAACCUAUCAAGCAGCCUUUGGGCCAGCAACCUGUUGGAGAGCAGCCUGUGGGCCAGGAACUUAACCAGCAGCCUGUGGGCCAAGACCCUAAUGAACCUGUGGGAGAGCAGCCUGUGGGCCAGCAAUUUAGCCAGCAACCUGUUGGCGAGCCUUUGGGCCAAGAGUCUAGUGAGCAUGUUGGAGAGCCUGUGGGCCAAGAUCCUAGUGAGCCUGUGGGAGAGCAGCCUGUGGGUCAGGAACCUAGUGAGCCUGUGGGAGAGCAGCCUGUGGGUCAGGAACCUAGCCAGUCUGUGGCCCAAGAGCCUGUGGGCCAUGAACCUGGAGACCAGCCUUUGAGCCAGGAAUCUGUUGGAGAGCAGCCUAUGGGCCAGCCUUUGGGGCAAGAACGUAGUGAAGAUGUGGGCCAAGAACCUAGUGAGCAGCCUGUUGUCGAGCCUUUGGGUCAGGAAUCUAGCGAGCCUUUGGUCCAAGAACCUAGUAAAUAUGUUGAAGAGCCCGUGGGCCAGGAACCAAGUGAGAUUUUGGGUAAUGAACUUAGCGAGCCUGUGGGUGAGCCUGUGGGCCAGGAACCUAGCGAGCAGCCUGUUGGCGAGCCUUUGGUUCAGGAACCUAGCGAGCCUUUGGGCCAAGAACCUAGUGAGGGUGUUGGAGCACAGCCUGUGGGCCAGCAACCUGUUGGAGAGCAGCCUGUGGGCCAGGAACAUGUUGGUGUGUCUAGCCAGGGAAAAGACCUUGAGCGCUCCCAGUCCAAGCAGACGUCUGAGAACCCUUUGACUUGGAGCUAUCCGCAAGUUGCAAAGCCUGAGCACAGGCCUACUGUGUCUGAGCGGCUGAAGCAGGUGGCGGCCAACAGUGUGUCGGCUCAGUGUGGGGAGAGUGUGGUCCGCGUGCAGGUGAACCAGGACCUGCUGGGGAUUGGCCGGCUCAUACAGCCAGAGCGUAUCACUCUAGGAGGUUGUGCUGCCACUGAGGAGGACGCUGAAGCUCAUGUGAUCACCUUUGAAUCAGAGCUGCAUGGCUGUGGCAGUGAGCUGACGAUGACUGAGGAUGUGCUGAUCUACACCUUCACGCUUGUCUAUGAGCCAAAACCUCUUGCUAACACUUCUAUAGUGAAAACCAGUGCAGCUAUGGUUGAUAUUGAGUGCCACUACUUGAGGAAUCACGAUGUGAGCAGCAAUGCCCUGAAGCCAACCUGGAUCCCCAACAUUUCCAACAUGGUGGCAGAGGAACUCCUCUACUUCUCCCUGAGGUUAAUGACUGCUGACUGGCAGUUUGAGAGGCCCUCCAACCAUUACUAUCUUGGUGACAUCAUCAACAUGGAAGCCUCGGUCAUGCCGUACCACCACGUUCCCCUCCGUGUCUUUGUGGACCGCUGUGUCGCCACCUUGGCGCCUGAUGUCCACACUGUCCCUAGAUAUUCUUUCAUUGAGGACCAUGGGUGUCUGGUUGAUGCCAAGUUGACCGGCUCCAGCUCCCAGUUCCUGUCCAGAUCCCAGGAUGACAAGAUCCAGUUUCAGCUGGAGUCCUUCAGGUUCCAACCACAGAAUGAUUCCCAACAGCUCUACAUAACAUGUCAUCUGAAAGCAUCUGCAGCCUCUUCCCCCAUUGAUGCUGAGAACAAGGCCUGCUCUUUCACAGAUGGCUGGAAGGCUGCAGGUGGGGAUGACCUGGUUUGUGGCUGCUGUGACUCCAGCUGUGCUGUGAGCAAGGCUAGAGAUCUGGACAGUGAUUUAGAUAUGCAGAAGGAAGGUGAAGCUACCUUGGGCCCUAUCAUGGUCCAAGAGUAAUAUUACAAGAAUCUUGCCUAUUUUUAACUUUUUGAGGAGAAUAAAUCUGUUACAAUGUUCA